AUGCUGCCGGGUUUCUCUGCUACAUACACACCCCCGUCCUCUCCCCCGUCGCCCUCACCCAGCUGGCCUGCAAAUUCAUCUUCUCCUCCUUCCUCCCCCUCCACAGACCCCUUGUAUCUCGAUGAAGAUACUCAGGAAGAACACUCGACGCGUCAAACACGCCCACAAGUUGUCGCGGAUCCUUUGGCAGCUUCAUACAAUGCAGGGCGCGUCAACUCUAAGCGUUUGUCAUUUUUUGAACCUAGCACACCCAAGAAAAAGCCUCGACUAGAGCGCAAAGCGUCGUUUCCCGAGAUUGCCCUUGUCCAGCUACCGACCAUCGAACCAACUUCAAGUCGUGAAGAGAUUCUUUGGGAAAAUGCUAUCGAAAAAGCUUUUGAAACAGGGGAAAGGGAAAUUGAGCUUAGGGGACUACAUCUUACUAAAAUUCCUCCGAGAAUCAUUAAAGACUUGAGCAAGAUGGUGGUUCUUUCAGAGGAAGAUAUAUCCCCAGUUGACGACCUACGAAACAGCUUUUCGUCAAAAGUGACGCAAAUCGUUCCCGGACGACGAGUCUUCACCCGGAUUCACACAGCUCCUGCAUCCACAUUCGCAGCAUCAGCAAUGAACCCUCCUUCUUCAGAGAAAACGCUUUCCAGUAGUUCCCUGCUGGGACCUUCUAAACAAGCUAUGACAAUGUACCUAGGUCAAAACAAUAUCAAGAAACUGCCGGCAGAAAUGUGGACAUUGCACAAUCUAACCGUUCUAUCUCUUCGCAACAAUAAUAUCAGUCACCUCCCACCUGGAAUCUCCCAGCUAACAAACCUUCAAUCUCUUAAUGUCGCUUACAAUAAGCUUCAAUAUGUUCCUGCAGAACUUCUCGACAUGAAAUCAUUGACAUCCCUUAUUUUGUUCCCCAAUCCAUUCAUUCCGGAUCCACGCCCAAAUGACCUAAAAUUAUCUGUGUCGCGGACAAGGCAUACAGGUUCCCGUGUUCCUCCACUGACAGAAAUUGCCUUGCGAUUUCUGCUUUCCUCUCCGAAGGCUUCGUUGACAGUUGCAUCUCAAGCUCCUCAAACAGUUCUAGAGCAACUUUACCCGCUUCCACUCCCGCAGGGACCUCCAUGGAGAACGAUUUCUACACCUUUAAGUCGCAUACUCUCAGUCUGUGUCCCCGGGUCUGUCGCUGUGGAUGACGCAAUCGCCGAGGGUAGGGGAGAAGAUGACAUAACUAGCGUGACUGGAAUAGGACGGUGUAGGAACCCAUCGCAUACUCAGUCUACCUUUGUGCAACAUUCAGAAGAGCGUUACUCGUGGUUGAAGGAAAUCGCAGGUAUCAAACUUGGGGGUACAGCUGCGGUCCUGUGGAGAGGGUGCCUUCAGGGAUGUUUGGAUUUUUUAGGUCCCGCCAAUGAUGAACCCGAGGAACAUCUGCCAAAAUCGGGUGAAGAAGAUGAAGAAUUCAUGGUGGCUGAUGAGAUUGUUAUUCAUGCGGUUGAAUUUGGAGGAAACGAACUAGGCUUUGACUCCGAUUAG